AUUUGUCCGGGAAUCGAACUACACUGGACGCACAGUAUGUAUUUGAUUCACUAAAAAGAACCGACUCAUAAGAGUCUUUGGUUCGGAAAUCGGACUGUACCGGUCUCGCUGUAGUGUUUCUCACUGUAGAGUCGGCAGCAGUGUCAAUGAAUAGUAUUGCAGGAAACCCUGUCAGAUUGCGGCGCUCCGUUCGUUUCAGCAAAGGAUGACAUUCCAAUUUUAACGCUUCUCGAACGUUCAGUACAUGAAAAUUAUUCGGGUCUGGCAUUUAAAGAAAUGCUUCUCAGUUCCCAAUCCUAGUACAAACUGACAUUAUCUCAAUGCUGUCUCUGACCUGUCUUCCGAAGUGUGUUUUUUGUUUUGAGGAAACCUUUGAGAUUGUUUUUCUCGCUCUCUGAUUGGUCGUUGUGAAGUCAGGAGGUGUGCUGAAAACACUCCUGAUGGAAAGGCUCGACGCGUUUCGACCAAUCAGCUCUUGACUUUUGUCUUCGCGUGGCCGCUUUAAAGGGCUUGACAGAAACGCCUCCACCCUACACUAUGCAGAAUUCUCCGUUUUUAUUCACUUUUUCAAAGCGACGCUAAGAAUUAAACUUUGAAAGUGUAGUUAUAAUGCCAUUACAAACCAAACUAAACUAUUAAUUGCGUUUUGCCUGUGGGCUCCCCUGCUGUUUGGGCGUUUUUGUUUGCACUUGAACAUAUUAGGACUGCCAGCAGGAUGAAGUUGAGGUGUUCAAGGAAGCCAGCUUUUCCAUGGUUUGGGAUGGAUAUCGGUGGUACUUUAGUAAAGCUUGUUUACUUCGAGCCAAAAGACAUCACUGCAGAAGAGGAGCUGGAAGAGGUGGAGAAUCUGAAGAGCAUACGCAGGUACCUCACCUCCAACACGGCCUAUGGCAAAGCCGGCGUCCGUGAUGUACACCUGGAGCUACGCAACCUGACAAUCUGCGGUCGUACAGGGAACCUUCACUUCAUCCGCUUCCCCACCGCUGCCAUGCACAGUUUCAUCCAGAUGGGCAGAGAUAAGCACUUCUCCAGCCUGCAUACCACACUGUGCGCCACUGGUGGCGGGGCAUACAAGUUUGAGAACGACUUCAGAACGAUGGCAGACCUAGAGCUGCUGAAGUUGGAUGAGCUGGACUGUCUGAUCCAGGGGCUGCUGUACAUAGACUCGGUCGGUUUUAACGGUCAUCCUGAGUGCUAUUACUUUGAGAACCCCUCCGACACACAGAACUGCAUCAAGAGACCCUGUUGUCUUGACAACCUUUUUCCCAUGUUGCUGGUCAACAUUGGCUCGGGCGUCAGCAUUCUGGCAGUGUACACCAAGGACAACUACAAACGAGUGACAGGCACCAGUCUUGGUGGAGGGACGUUUUUGGGGCUUUGCUGCCUGUUGACGGGUUGUGAGACGUUUGAAGAGGCCCUUGAAAUGGCCAGCAAAGGGGACAGCACCAAUGUGGACAAACUGGUGAAGGACAUCUAUGGAGGAGACUAUCAGCGCUUCGGCCUACAAGGGUCUGCGGUGGCUUCAAGCUUUGGUCACAUGAUGAGCAAAGAGAAGAGGGACAGUAUUUCUAAAGAGGAUUUGGCCCGAGCCACACUCGUCACUAUCACCAACAACAUUGGCUCCAUUGCACGCAUGUGUGCGGUUAAUGAGAAGAUCGAACGGGUUGUUUUUGUGGGGAACUUUCUGCGUAUAAACACAGUGUCGACAAAGCUUCUUGCCUAUGCUAUGGACUUCUGGUCCAAGGGCCAGCUGAGGGCCCUUUUCCUGGAACAUGAGGGAUACUUUGGAGCCGUCGGUGCUUUUCUAGAACUGCUGAAGUCGUCUGAUGACGCAUAAAGGAAAUCAUCAUCUCUGAUGAUCCAGAAGCUGCUUUAAGACUUCCACACAGAAGCUCCAACAGGAAAACUGGAAUACUGGGAACACUGGGAAAUUUAAAAGAAGCCAUUAUAGUAACUAACCUGUAAAUAACCCUUGAAAUAAGAUUCUAAACAAUAUUUUUAUGAGUAACUUAGUCUCCCUCAGACUUCCAACUCUACCGGAACCUUGUUGUUCAUUUGUUUUCCGGUUGUUGUUUUCCUUUUAUACUGUUUUUAAAUAUCAUUGUGUAGUGAACAGGGAGAGUUUAUAUGAUGGCCAAAACCUGCUGUGUUAAAGUUUUGCUAUCCUUGACCUGCCAACAGGUGAGAGUGUCUUUCUGUUUCUAGGCCUGGUUAAAUAAUGGACCUUUUAGAGUUUUCUGUGUUAAACUGCUGUUCAAACACACUGUUGGAGUUGAUUUUUAAGCCUCAGGUGCUGUGUUAAAUGUGUGCCGACUCAAUUUUUCGCCUUGCCUUUUCCCAUUCUUUUUCCUAUCUAAACCAAAGCUACUUCAAUCAUCUUUUUCUGAAUGCACACAGUUAUAUGCAUAUACCACCUCUUUGGUAGCUUUCCUCUUAUCUGUAAUGGUACUAAGAGUACUUGAAGUAGCCGUGUGAUGACAAAACAUAAAGUCAGUAUGACAGCAGUUACCCACAACCCCCCAUUCCACAGUAUUCAAAUGUUUAGACCGUUUUAAGACUCAGCCAUUGUGUUUCCAUUGUAGUGCCAAAGUGAGAUUGGGGAGGAGUCAUUUGGCAGACAGCCUGCCAGUGCAAGCAUUCCUGCUUUGCCAGGCCAUGUACCACAUUACUUCUCCUAAAAGUUGCCUAGCAUUAGAGUAUUUCUAAGAUGAAGUUCAAUAUCAUAUGUCAUUAAAAAUAAAAAACACCACUCCCUUACUAGUUAACUCUGUUGUUCAGUUCUCCUUGCUGUCUUUCUUGCCUUCUAUGUGAUUGUUCUCUUCUGUUAACCUUUGUGGCUGUUUUUAGGUUGUGCUUUUAUUUUACUUUUAUUAACUUUUUUGUUAUUUUAACUGAGAUUCCCAUGGUAACUUCACAGAAAAAUCUGAAUUUGAUUUUGGGGACCUCAUGUCAACUGCAAUAUUAUUUUCUUUUUCCAGAAAAAAAUUUGUUUUUAUUUUAU